ACAGUUAAUAAAAACCGUUUAUUUUAUGUUGCAUUUUCAAUUAACAUGUAAUAUUAUUUGUUUCAUACAGUUGUGGUUAAAACUUUAAUUCUUCUUAGUGUGAUGUCAAACAACAUGAACCCAGGAGGUAAUAUGCCCUCGAUUGGGUCCAUGAAUCCUUCUAGUGCUAUUCAAUACGCGAAUAACCCGCUGCAGAGUCCGCAGCUACAGUCGAGCUCUAUCCAGAGCUCGCCGUCGCAACACAGUCCUAUGAGUAGCCAGUCGUCAAUUGGCGCCAAAGUAAACACAAGUGGUGAUCAAACUACUCAGCUCCUCAGUAGACCCAGACUUCAGGAGUUGGUGAGAGAAGUGGAUCCCACUGUGCAACUAGACGAGGAGGUGGAGGAGAUGCUGCUGCAGCUGGCUGAUGACUUCAUUGACACAUCUCUAAAUGCUGCGUGUGCACUCGCCAAACACAGACAUGCUCCCACAGUGGAAUUGAGGGAUGUGCAGCUACAUUUAGAGAGACAAUGGAAUAUGUGGAUACCAGGGUUCGGCAACGACGAGCUCCGGCCGUACAAGCGCGCCGCCGUCACCGAGGCGCACAAACAGCGCAUGGCUCUUAUACGGAAAACUAUCAAGAAGUACUAGGAAAUUUGAUAUCGUUUUUACUGUACAGUAGUACAGUCAGCAGCAGAAGU